AUGGCAGACAACGCAGAGCUCGAAUCGUUCCGCCGCGAGUGGCGCGAGGAGGUUGCCCGUCGAUCGAAGCCUAGACCUACCCCUCCGACCACAGAAGCUGUCCCCUCGGGGCGUGUGCCGCCUUCCCAGCACGAAGCAUCACACCGCGAGGACCUUGAAGAUGAGGGGCCACCCCCGGUCUCCUUCGACCCAGAAGACCUGGCGCAUCAAGUCGGGGAGCUGAGUAUCCAACCAGAGGCAGAACACGAAGAUGAUGGAUUCACUAGACGGACCGUGCAGGAACCAAAAUCAGCCUUGGAGCACUUUGAGCGGGCUGUCGAGAAGGAGGCCGCCGGUAGCCUCGGGGAUAGUCUGACGCACUACCGGAAGGCUUAUCGGCUGGAUGCUAGUGUCGAUAAGACUUAUCGGGAUAAGCACUUCGCUCAUGUAUGGAAGAAGACCGCCCAGCCUGCUGCAUCUGUGAAUUCAGAGACCACACAUGCGACGGCGCCGGCCGACAAAGCAGGAGAGAUGCUUCCCACUCCAGAACUUCUAGCUUCAUUUGCCCACCUGCCCAUACCCCAGGCCGAACCGCUGGUCGAAGAUACGCCACCGCCCCCUUGCCCGAUUUCCAAGGUCCCCUCCGAGGUGAUUUCUGAGAUAUUGCGGCAUGUUGCACUGCGCGAUCCGGCAAACUUUGGUCGAACGGCACUCGUAUGCAAGAAUCUUGCGUACCAUUUUGCGCAUGAGCAGCAGAUAUGGAAGGAAGUUUGUCAGGGCUCCAAGUUUGGCUUCGGAAGUAUGCACUAUGAGUUCGCUUGCGACCUUCACGGGCACCCAAUCCACACUCUUCAAGAAAGAUAUACUCCUUUCCCAUAUGGUGUGCCUCUGGAGGUUCCCAUGCCAUUCUCUUCCUGGAGCCAGGUGUUCGAGUCGUAUCCUCGUAUACGUUUCACCGGCAUCUACAUUAGCACGGUCAAUUAUUCGCGUCCGGGUGCACAGUCUGGCUUCCACAACCUGAAUUGGAGCAGCCCAAUCCAUAUCGUGACGUACUAUCGCUAUUUGAGGUUCUAUCCUGACGGAUCACUGGUGUCUUUACUUACAACCACCGAGCCUAUGGACGUGGUCCCACACAUCAGCACAGAGAACAUGAUGGCUGCCCGGGCAGCAUCCCACAAACAGCUACAACGUCGCGUAGAAGACCCUGGUCACUCUAUCUCCGGUGCAACCGAUGCUGUGCCCCCAGUUGCAAUGAAUGCGCUGAAGUAUGGCUUCCGUGGCCGCUGGCAUCUUACCCCACCCUUUCCCAGAAAGCGCCCCGAGGACGAAAGAGCGGAAUCAGGCCCGAAUCAGCAGCAAAACUCCAACGAAACCGAGGAAUAUCCUGAUUUGCGAGACCUAGUCAUAGAGACGGAGGGAGUUGACCCCAAAUACGUAUACCACAUGCAUCUUGCAUUGCGGUCCCCAAGCUCCGCCAAAACACGCGCGAACCCCUCGAAGAACACGAAGCUUGUGUGGCGAGGUUUCUGGAGUUAUAAUAAGCUUACUGACGACUGGGGAGCAUUCGGUCUUCGCAAUGACAGGCCAUUUGUUUUCCGUCGCGUAAGAGGAUGGGGCCUAGAUUGA